AUGCCGUCUGUAUAUGAAUAUUUGACGGAUCAACAGAAGAAUAACAUUAUGAGUAUAUGUGUUAAAAUCGAUUCCGACCAUAUUAUGUUGAUUUUGGGAUUGCAGUCACCUUAUGGAGAAACCAAUUACUAUUUCAGUUAUGAAACAUUCGGAAGUAAUACUACAAUUGUGAUGUUCGAUAAAGAACAUUUGGAUCCAAUACAACACAAUUUUGUAGACGUGGUCUUAGAAGAUUUAGAGAUGAUGAUGGUGCAUCGGAAAACCGUUUUGUCAUACAUUAAUAUAAAUUGUAUCCUAGCAACCGUCGACGAUCGUGCAAGAAUUUGUGAACGUCUCCAGAUGAGUUUGAAAUUGAGAAGUGCGGCGUUCCCUGUCAAAGUAGCUGCAUUUAGUGGAACUACCAUAGCCCAGGCGGCAUCAUUCACACGGUUACUGGAUCGAGCGAAAUUGUUGAACGUACUCUUAACGCAGAUAGUGGAUCCAGAAAACUUUGAAAGGUUUCUGAACGAAUUCAAAAGUGUGAAAGCCUUCAAUUUCGAUAAACACAUCAGCAUCUCCUUUUCUAAUCAAAUGCUCCAAACAACUGAUCUCGACAAACCGGAUAACCAAAGUAUGCAUGAAAUGGUGGCGCGAAAAGUUUUGGAAAACCGAUUACCGAUGCAAUUCAUUUUAAGGCAAUUACAAUGUUUUGACAUCGAGAGACUUCGAAAAGUGAAUCGAGGGAUCCGAAAUUGUAUAGAUCUCAUAAGACCGAAUCCCCACAUUGAAAAGUGUGCUUUCACAUUUUCUAAUGGAAUGUGGUUGCGUCUUAACACACAUACCGAAUUGAAGAAUAAUGAAUCUAAACAUGUCGAAUAUCGUUCGGACGGAGUGGAUAUAUACAUUCAAGGAGUUGUUUUUCCUAAGACAAACUACAUGGAUCUUUGUCUUCAUGACAUUGAAACAAUUCUCAGAAAUCAAUCGGAACGUAUAGAGGAACUACUGAUUCUUUAUAAGGUGGACAUAAAAAAUGAUACAGUGAUCAUCAUGGAUGACUUGUCCGAAAGAAUUGGAAAACUUUUGGAAGGAAGAGAGUCAACACUUAAAACAAAAAAAUUCUCUAUGGGAUCUGAUAGUCAAAAGAAAAUUAUGAAUAUUCUUCCGGCAAUUGAUGAAAAUUCCCUAACGACUAUUGAGUUAUUGAAUCUUUUAAACACGAAUUUCAAGACUGUCACAGAAGAGUUCCGAUUCGAAGUAGAUCAAAUAUCACAAACCAAACAAUGGAAGAGUGCUGAACAAUUGAUUUCCAAGCAUUUGACUAUAAUAACACCAAUUCAAGAGAUGAAUGUUUUGCACUUUGCUGAUUUGGAAAUUCUAGUGGAGGCGUUAUCCUCUGAAGAUGUGGCUUAUCUAAAGACAAAUCUUCUCAAAUCUUCAUCAUUUCAAAAAUUCAAAAUAUCAUUUCUUGAAUCAACAGUUGAUGAAUCAUUACAUACGCUGAUUGGACAACCCUAUCGUAUAGUUUCCGAUUCAAACAAAGUGUGGUACUUUCGGAUUCCGAAUACGGAUUGCUAUAUUCACGUAGUUUUGAAUACACAUGACGUAGACAACAAGAAUCCUAAAGUCAUAAGAUUUAAGCGAGUUGCAAAAGAAGACACUCCAUUUAAUUAA